UGCUUAGCUCGCUUCGAGACGGAGAGAGAGAGAGAGAGAGAGGACGUGCACGUCGGCGGUGGGCUCCGGUUGGGGGCGGAGGCGAUGACGAGGAGGUGCUCGCACUGCGGGACCAAUGGGCACAACUCCCGCACUUGCCCGGGACGCACGGGAGGAGGAGGAGGAGGGGUGAAGCUCUUUGGAGUUCGGAUAACUGAGGGCGUGGCACCGAUGAAGAAGAGCUUUAGCAUGGGAUGCCUCUCCUCCGCCACAUCGGCUGUAGCCACCGGAGCCUCGCCUAACCAAGCUGGGCCCUCGUCGCCUGAUCAGCUCCGCGACCAUGCUUCUGGCUAUGCCUCCGAUGAUCCCACGCAUGCGUCUUGCUCCUCCAAUUGUCGCUCUGAACGCAAGAAAGGCAUCCCAUGGACUGAGGAGGAGCAUCGAAUGUUUUUAGUAGGCCUGCAAAAAUUGGGAAAAGGUGACUGGCGUGGGAUAGCUCGCAAUUUCGUUGUUUCAAGAACUCCAACACAAGUUGCCAGUCAUGCGCAGAAGUAUUUUAUCCGACAAACCAAUGCAACGAAGAGAAAGAGGCGCUCAAGUUUGUUUGACAUGGUUCCUGAAAUGCCAAUGGAUGAGCUGCCAGUUCAAGAAGAAUUUAUGCUGUCAUCUACUAAUGAACCACAUGAGAAUCCAACCAAGUUGCCUUCAGCACAUAACUGUCUGGAUGAACAAUCUGAACAUAAAGAAACCUUCGAAAAUCCUCCUGUUGAAGCACAAGAAAAUAUCCCAUACAGCACUCUGCCAUUACCAAUACCAGUGGUUCCUUUCUACUCACCUUUUGUGCCAGUGCCUCUCCCCUUUUGGCCUCCUCCAACUAUGGUCAACCCUAUGAAGAGUAAUGGAGUGGCAGAGACCCAUGAGGUUUUGAAGCCAACACCAGUCCUUCCAAAGGAGCCGAUCAAUGUGGAUGAGGUUGUGGGCAUGUCCAAGCUGAGCAUUGGUGAGACAAGUGCUACCGGAAUGGAGCCAUCAGCUCUCUCUCUUGAACUGCUGGGAUCUUCUUCAUCAUCCAGGCAAUCUGCCUUUCACAUUAACCCAUCAAUUGGUAGUCCUGAUCUGAGCCAGAGCAAAACCAAUGCUAUUCAUGCGGUUUGAAGCCGAUAUGAGGUUCUGUUUCGUGUCUCUACUUAUACUGUUAUACAUAUAGUUAUUCUUUUCUUGUCAUUUUAAGUUGAUGAUUGAGUAGCUCUGUAAACAUGUAAUUCCUUUAGCUAGAUAUGUAUGUUGCAGUAUCAUAAAUUUUUUUGUGCGCCAAGGUAGAAAAAUUCAUAAAUAAAUGAACAUCCUUUCCUGAA